UUGGCCCAAGUUUUUUAUUGGAAAACCGGGGAAAGUUGAAACAGGCUAGUCAUGAGCCGAGUUGGUGCUGCGGCGAUCACUGUUGGGGCACUUGCGGCCCCAGCUUUCUUGGCCCCAAGUUCUUCGAGCCCAGGUUCCCAAUUGCGAGGAGCGCAAGUCUCUCAGCCAGCAGCCAAGACUCAGACUUCGACUGCUGCUGGAGGUGUCCUGGGCGCCGCUGCUGUGACUGCUGUGGCAUCCUUUCUGACUACCAAGCGGCAAUCUGCUCGGGCCGGCGGUUCUGUGUGCUAUGCCUUUGAUCCAAGCAAGCAGGUGGGCGCAACAAAGCCCCUUGGCUUCUUCGACCCGGCAGGCUUCACCAAAGAUAUCGAUGAGAAGGGCUUCAAGAAGCUCCGCUCGAUUGAGUUGAGGCAUGCACGUGGGGCCAUGAUGGGAUCUGUCGGCCUUUUGGUUCAGAGUGUCUACAAGUUCCCCGGCUUUGAGAGUGUCCCAUCAGGCCUUGCUGCUCAGUGGACUGAACCAGGGAGCAAUGCCCUGUGGCUCUUGUUCUGUGCCAUUGGCUGCUUCGAUAUUGGCCUUUCUCCUUGGAAGGAGGACCCUGAGGAUCCCGGAAACUUUGGUGACCCAUUGAACCUUGCCAAGGGCAACAUCACUGAUGACAUUCGAAACCGCGAGUUGAACAACGGCCGCUUUGCAAUGUUUGCCUUCCUCGGAAUUGUCAGUGCUGAGCUCUACACGGGAAACUCAGCGAUUGGCCAGUUUGCCACUGCUCCUGUGAAGACAACUACAAGAGCAGGAGCAUUCUGUGGAACCUCGCUGAUGGCAAAGACUGAGCGUGCGGAACAGAGCCUCCAAAGCCGCAGGGCCUUUGAUGGAUCAUCCCUGCCAGGAGCGAUUGCUCCUCUUGGCUACUUCGACCCCCUUGGGUUGAGUGGCACCCAGGAGCGCUUCGACAAGUUCCGUGCAGCGGAAGUGAAGCAUGGGCGAAUCGCCAUGCUUGCUAUCCUGGGAGCUUUUGCAGGGCACUGGGCCACGCCUCUGGGAGCGCCUGCUGGCAUUGCUGGCUUCCAAGAUCCUAUUGGGGCCAAGGGCUGCGUGGCAUUGACCUUUGCUUGUGCCUUCCUAGAGACCGGUCCUUGGUCAGAUGCCUAUGCCAAGGAGCCUGGCAAUUAUGGUGACCCUUGCGACUUCGCAAAUAUCUUCGGCAUCACCGGGGAGAAGAUGGAUGAGAUGAAGACAAAGGAGUUGUCCAAUGGUCGCCUUGCAAUGAUGGCCACCAUCGGCAUGUGUGUUCAGGAGGGCGUCUUUGGCGAGAAGUUUUCCGACCUUCCAGCCCAGCUCGGUUUCUAGGUAGCUCAGCAAUUUCGAUUCACUUCCCUUCCGCUCUUGUUUUUGGUGAAAAGGAA